AUGGCAGUGGACGGACUCCACUGUUUACGCUGUGAUUGGACCGCUAGUCCAAAAAACGGUGUGGCACAGGGGUUCGCAGAGUAAACCAAAGACCCUGUAUUGUGUCUGGGAUUCUCGGCCUCGUAUUAAACCUAGAGUUUAUGUGAUGAAGAUGGAGAUUAGGCCUCUGUUGAUGUGCUUUGCUCUGUGCGUGGUCUACGCCACCAGCAAACCCACAGAGAAGAAGGAUCGCAUCCACCAUGAUGAACCACUGAGCAGCAAGGAGCAUGACGAUGGCACAAACUUUGACUAUGACCACGAUGCCUUCCUUGGGGAGGAUGAAGCUAAGACGUUUGAUGACCUGACCCCAGAGGAAAGCAAGAAUAGGCUUGGUAAAAUUGUGGAUAAGAUCGAUGCAGAUGAGGAUGGCUUCGUCACCGAGGCCGAGCUGAAAGCAUGGAUCAAAAAGGCUCAGAAGAAGUACAUCUAUGACAAUGUGGAAAGACAAUGGAAGGAUUUUGACAUGAAUAAUAAUGGCAUGAUCUCCUGGGAUGAAUACAAGAAUGUCACAUACGGCACCUACCUUGAUGAUCCUGAGUCUGAUGACGGCUACAACUACAAGCAGAUGAUGGCCAGAGAUGAACGGCGCUUCAAAAUGGCUGAUGGAAAUGGAGACCACAUCGCCGACAAAGAGGAGUUCACUGCCUUCCUCCAUCCUGAGGAGUAUGAACAUAUGAAAGACAUUGUUGUGUUGGAAACUAUGGAAGAUAUUGAUAAGAAUGGUGAUGGUUUUAUCGACCUGGAGGAGUAUAUUGGCGAUAUGUACAACCAUGAGGAUGAAAUGGACGAGCCAGAAUGGGUGGCAACGGAGCGAGAGCAGUUUUCAGAGUUUAGAGACAAGAACAAGGAUGGGAAGAUGGACAAAGAGGAGACCAUGGACUGGAUCCUGCCGGCCGACUACGACCACGCAGAAGCCGAAGCCAAGCAUCUGGUGUACGAGUCUGACACAAACAAGGAUGGCAAACUCACCAAAGAGGAAAUACUCAACAAGUACGAUUUGUUUGUGGGAAGUCAAGCGACUGACUUUGGGGAGGCUUUAGUUCGACAUGAUGAAUUUUAAUUUUUUUUUUUCUAGUAUAAUAGAUAAUUACUUUUUAACUUGCUUUGGUAAAUGGAUAUAAUUUAUUUUAUAUUGCUUCACCAUAAUACAACACUAAUUCCUCAGAUUUAGUUUUCCCUUUUUUGCACACAAAAAUGCAUUCAUGAUGACUCAACUUAAGGUUUUGUUUUUUCCUGAAAAGUGUGUUAGCAGUAUUUGUUUGAUCCGUCUUUGGAAUCGUGGUCCACAUACAGCAUUAUUACCAUUUCAAUAACUGUUUAUAUUUGUUUUUUGAUGUGAAGCAGUUUAUUCAGAGCUAGAUUCAAGGCAGAUCUAUGAUCAGCACCCCCUGCUGUUCGGAGUCCUGCAUAUUAGGAUACCAUUAGUACAGACACCUCUCAGAAGAUUGGCUUCUUCUGAGAGUUUAUACAAAUAGGUAUAAAAUACAUGUAUAUAUUCACAAUGAAUAUGUAUAUACUUUUUAUACAUACAAACUCACAUUUCUCUCCGGUAUGUAAUUGUCCUGGCACAAACAUCGAUUUUAGAGCCAUGGGUCAUGAUCCUCUCAAGGCAAUAUCUUAUUCAAUAUUUAUUAGAAAAAAAAACCUUGGCUUAUUCAGUCACGCAUUCAAGAAUUUCUAUUGAUGUUGAGAUGUUUGUUUUCUUAAAGACUCCCUGAUUUUGAUCUUUAAUAGGCACACUUUCAUUGUGCCUUUCACUGAUUUUUUUUAAAAAUUUGAUUUGGAUCUUUAGUUAGGGGUAUAUGGCUAAAGCCUCAAAUCAUUUUGGUUUGUAGGGUCCAAUCAAGCAUGUUACUGAAUAGUUUGUUGCUUUCAGCUUCAUUAUUUGAAAUACACUAUCAAUUAUAUGAAGAUUGCUAUGCUACAAACAUAGCAAUGUGGUCCAUUAGUUGUCUUUUGAAUGCAUUUUAUUUUUUUAUAUAAAAUGUUUUAGCACCCAGUGGUUUUGAGGUGACUUCCUUCAAGUGGUGCUGUUUCAGCACCUACAGAUUGUAUCUCGACAACAACAAAUGGUCAAUAAAACAAAAUUAUGACUGAAGUUUUAACUUU